ACGUAAGGAAUAUUAAACAUUAAAAUAUUAAAUACAAAUAAGUUUGAUGAUUGUAGCCACAGUCUUAUAACUCGACAUGUGUCCCACUCGAGGUUUAGAGUAGAGUAUCAAGUCGUACACUCGAAUUGAUAUUCGAAAAUAUUUUGACUAGUCUAGUACAGCUAUGAUCAGUCUUAAUCACAUAUGACUCAAUUUACAGCAAUGUCCCUCAUAAAAUAUUUCGAGAAAAAAUCUUAAAUGAUGAAGCCAACCAUAAGUUCAAGAAACACUACUCUAUAUUUUUGCAGUACAGAAGAAAAGAAAUGAAUUGACUCUUCUCAAUCAAGGUCAUAUGUACAGAUGAGCCAUCUAUGUUAAUAUACAUCGCCAUUUUUUAGAUCUCUAGAGUCACCAAUGGCACAACCAUGCUACAAUGAACCAUGUUACCCUCCACCUUGCUAUAAUGCAUCACCAGUAGGUCAACCCGGUUAUGGCCAACCCGUUUAUGGUCAACCCGUUUAUGGUCAACCGGGCUAUUGCCAACCAAUAGGUCAACCCAGUUAUGGUUUAACAACAACUUAG